GCUCUAAUCGAUAAAGGAUACAGUUAUAAUAUAUACAGUUGGUGUUUCUAAGGAAUCAUUCUAUGAUCUACGGUCUUUAUUCCCAGGUUUCUGUGCGCGCUUGUUUCGUCUUCGUUCGCCGCCAUCAUUACGAAGACGAAAGAGGUUGGUUUUAUUCAUUUUCGCGUGGCCGUGUCAUUACUCGAAAAUCAGCACAAAUGAAGAUGGUUGAUAAAAUAGACAUGAGUCUUGAUGAUAUUAUCAAGCAAAAUAAAGGAAGUAGACCACGUGGCGGUACUGGCAGACGGGGAAGAGGUGCCGGUAAUUCACCUCGUAGAGGAGCACGCAGAACGCAAAGAGUUGGUGGCGUCAUGCGGGGACGCAAUCGUGGUGGCAUUACAAGAAAUUCUCUUCCAUACACAAGGGGUGAUGUAAACAGUGCAUGGAAACACGACAUGUUUGAUGGAGUAAAAAAGGUUGGCCGAAGUGCAAUAGGUAGCGCAGGAACAACCAAGCUUCUUGUAUCAAAUCUUGACUUUGGAGUAUCAGAUUCAGAUAUUCAGGAAUUAUUUAGUGAAUUUGGCCCCUUAAAGUCAGCAGCAGUGCAUUACGAUAGGUCAGGUCGAUCAUUAGGCUCUGCAGAUGUUAUAUUUGAAAGAAGAGCAGAUGCUAUUAAAGCAAUGAAACAAUAUAAUGGCGUACCCUUAGAUGGUCGUGAAAUGAACAUACAAGUUGCUACCUCUGAAAUACCAGUCACAUCUAUCCGUGGAGGCCCGAGACUUAGCGGCAGUAAUUAUACACAGAGACCUCAGUCCCGCUUUAGGGGUAACCGUGGAGCAGGAUCCAUCAGAGGUCGUGGAACUGGCCGACGUGGUGGCAGAGGGGGCAGUCGACAAGCGACAAAAACUCCUACCGCCGAAGAAUUAGAUGCAGAACUGGAAGCUUAUGUGAAAGAAGUAAAGUAACAACGUCACAAACCUUCACAUUUUUAACAUUUUGUUUUGAUCUGACUUAACACGAUACAAUGUGUUUCCCUAAUUUUCAUGAGAAUAUAUAAAAAUAAGUAUAACUAUAUCAUUAGAAAAAUGUUAUAAAAAAUUUCUCUUAUAAAUGGCUCUUUUAUUUUUGACGGUUUCUUUGAAAAUUGGCAUACAAUUUUUACAGACAUUUAAGAAAAAUGAUUUGUAGGAGUUCAUAGAUUUUUUUAUGAUACCGUAACAAAAACAAAAAAAGAUAAUAAAAAGUUAAUGAUGUAAAGACUGUAUGGAUUUGUAUGUACUAUCGUGCGUGUGUGGUUAUCAGAUGAAAAAUACAGUAAAAUUCAUCUUUAAAA